AGGAGGUGUGAAAUGGGAUUGCGUCAACAGGCAAAGCCGACUGAUCUUCUACCCAAGUCAGGGGAGGAUUUGAUAACAGCUUGUUUGAAGUCGGCAUAUGACGCGUGAGUGCAGCGAAGAUGCAGCGAGGGUGCAGCAUGUUGCGGGACGACUGAAGAGGCCCGAUGAGGCCGGUGGCAGGAGUAUGGCCGAGGAGGCAAGAAGGGGGAAGGGGGAAGGGGGAAGGAUAAGAGGAAGGACAAGAGGCGUCGAGAACGUGGUAGCAGCAGCAGCGAAAGCGACGGAUUAUUCGCAUAAACACCAUCGAUGUCAAACGAGAACGGGACGAUAAAGUGUCGGAUGGCGGAUAGAGUGCUGCGAGCGGCAGAUGUCUCUCAUUGGGCAGAGGGCAAUUGGAGGGUCCCUGCGAGAGUCAUGAUUCAAGGAGCCGUUGUUUUCUGCGCUCCAUUAUUCUGUUACGUUGCAGGCAUGGUGAGAAGAUGGCGGGAGUCUAACAGUCGAAAUUUUUACUUCUAUUUAGCACUUCGCUUGGGUGCUGCCCGAGGGCCAAUGGAUAAGGCCGAAAUGAUAAGAGAGUCGCCCCUCUUUCCUGUUUUGCAAACUCUCAGUACUGCCCCACCAAAAUUACAUGGAUUCUCGCGUUCCUGUCCUCUCCAGCACAUGUCAGAGCAAUACCUACCUAUCCGUCUCGAGAAAAUUUAUGUAUUGACACACCAGAACAGGUAUCCCGAGUCUCACUCAACGGUGAAGAUUGCAGGUAACUACGCCGCCAUAAUGUUACAUGAACGUCGAUUUGGACGAUCGAUGCCGCAUAUACCACGUAGCUCGUCAGUCUGCCGGGCAUUUGCUGUAAGCAUCCGUAGAAAGCAUGUCUCCGUCAUGGUUAGAUGCGACAGGGGCUACCGACUCAUGAUGCCUUCAUUAUUCCUAGGUGCGCUUGCCAUCACUUCUCUCUGCGCAUGGUGGGGGCUAUCAACAGGCUCAAGGAGAGUCAUGAAUUUUCCCCAUGGGGAUCGAUCGAUCUCAGAAGAAGUGAAGUAGAGUGGGUAUUCAUGCACAGUAUGACUUUUGAAAGUGUGCAGAAAGCUAUCUCGUGUUGUACUCCAGUAAAGCGCUCCAUUCUCCACCAAAUUGCGCGACUAUCC